AUGACUGUUGAGACAUACAACGAGGAUGGAUACAACACUAAAGCUGGACCACAACAGAGAACACCAUCCCCUACUAACAGAGCUGGAAAGCACAACCUGAGGUCAAAUAAUCCAAAUAUGCCUUUGCAAUUCAAAGUGCGGCAGUUUUCCGCGUCACCAAAUAACAUCAGUGAUGAUGAACAGAGAUCAAACACACCAAAUGGAAAAGUAACCCCUAGAUCGAAAGGAUUAAAUGUGUUUGCAGUAUCUCCACUAGGAGCAAGGAAUUUACUGCAGAAUCAGUAUAAUGGAAGCCUCACCCCACAGUUGCAACCAGGUAGAAGAUCCUCGGUGCUAUCCAACAACACCACUUUGCCAUUACUAUCCGAAUCAGACGAUGAGACACCUUCUACAACAUCACAAGACAAGAAAUCACCUAUCUCAAGCUGCGACUUGGAACUACCGCUGGACGAACGGCUUCUACGCAUGAGCAUUGACGAACAAUUGCGAAUACUAGCUCUUAAGGAGAUGGCGAUUGUGCAGAUAAAGGACCAGAUACAAAGCCUAAACAAGAAACUACACACACAAGAAGGCGAAUUGCACAAGCUUCGAGAAGUUGUUCAGAAAUCAUUGUACCAGGAGAUUAGUGGUGCUGCAAGCAACACAAGGACGAACAGACAAAGAACGAAUUCCAACCCUCGAGAUCAAGCUAUUGAAACUAUCCGGGCUAAAAGGCGAUCAUCAUCGGGUGCGCUCCAGCAAGAACCAAACAAUGAGGAAAGUGGCAAGCCGUCUAAGCUAUGGAGCGGACUAACAAAACCAUUAAACAUGUUGCAACAAUUUGAUACAAUGAUUCAAAAUGAGUUUGAAAAAUCGUUGGUUUUGGAUAAGGAAAAGCAGCAGCAGACAGAACAAAAGCGGCAGCAACAACAACAUCUACAACGUCAAAGGCCGAGGGAUCACACACGAGUCUCACACCAGCUGCGCAGUUCAGAGGAUUCAAUUGCGAGCACUGUAUCAAUUUCUUCACCGUUGCAAUCACGAGCACCGCAAUCACUAUCAGAGUAUAGAGGUGGUCAAGAUCGACAGUCGGACGAUAUGAUUCAAAGUGUUUCAGCUUCGAUUUGGUCAUUCGUCAACGAGGUUAAACAGAAUGUGUUGUCCUCGUUGAGCGAAGAGGACUUGACUGUGAGCAACGAUUUUGAUGUGGAUGAUCAAAGUAUUGAUUUUUCCAUGUAUAAACGAUGA